CUGCUUUUUUACUAUUUUUACUUCAGGGUGUCCCGAUGUUCUAUAUGGGUGACGAGUAUGGCCACACAAAAGGAGGAAACAACAAUACAUAUUGUCAUGAUAAUUAUAUUAACUACUUCAGAUGGGACAAGAAGGAGGAAUCGUCUACCGAUUUUUUCAGAUUUUGCUGCCACAUGACCAAGUUCCGGCAUGAAGCCGAGUCACUUGGUUUAGAUGAUUUCCCGAUGGCAGAGCGGCUACAAUGGCAUGGUCAUGCUCCAGGGAUGCCAGAUUGGUCUGAAGCUAGUCGCUUUGUGGCUUUUACACUGGUUGACAAAGUUAAGGGAGAAAUAUAUGCUGCCUUUAAUGCAAGCCAUCUGCCUGUGACGGUUACACUGCCAGAACGAGUGGGUUAUAGGUGGUACCCCUUGGUGGACACGGGCAAGCAAGCUCCGUUCGAUUUUCUUUCCGAUGAUCUUCCAGAUAAGAAAGGGGCAAUAAAACAGUACGCUCAUUUUCUUGAUGCCAACAUGUACCCCAUGCUAAGCUAUUCUUCCAUAAUUCUCUUGCUCUGCCCUGAUAAUGAAGACAACUCUUAAGAAGCAUGUGGAUGAUCUUGCAAAAAAAAAAAACAUGUGGAUGAGGAAACCUGAGCAUAUAUCUCAUUAUGUGCUUUCUAUGUAUGCAUCCAAUGUGUGUAUCACUGUCAAGUUAAAUAUGUAUAUUGCACAAUGAUACAAUAAACUUUGCAUUGCAUAAUUUAUGUGACUGAAAAUAGUGAACUGGACAUAUAUUUCACAUAUUCAUUAUGGGCCAACAAAAGUUAAUAUAUGUAAAGCCAACAACCACAACUUUCAAGACUUAAUUCAAAUGAGUUUGGG